AUGGCAAAGGCGACGACGGCAUGCGUUCCAUGGUCAGCCCAUCGUGAUAAACACCAAAGACCGCCCUGGCUACUCAAGGGGAGGUCCUCCGUAUCAUUCAUCACAUUUGUGGCCUCCUUUGCGGUGUUUACCGACAGUUUCCUAUAUGGACUGAUUGUUCCUGUGAUACCCAGUGCACUGAAUGAGCGGCUUCAUGUUUCUGCGAAUGACGAACAAAAAUGGACAUCCAUCUUGCUAGCAUUGUAUGGCGCUGCCCAGUUUUCCUUUGCACCGCUCAAUGGCUACCUCUCUGAUCGAAUUCAAUCAAGAUGGUGGCCCAUGGUAACUGGCGUACUCAUCCUAGGUGCGGGCACCGCCUUAUUGUGCGCGGGCACCAACAUCGGCCUUUGGAUAGCAGGCCGGAUACUUCAGGGGGCGGCCGCCGCGAUUGUUUGGACCGCAGGAUGUGCUUUACUGGCCGAUACUGUGGCCGAUGAGCAGCUGGGCCAUGCUAUGGGCUAUAUUAGCACGGGCAUGACACUCGGGAAUCUAACGGGCCCUUUAGUCGGGGGUGCUGUGUAUGAACACGGAGGCUAUCAUUCAGUCUUCAUCGUAGCGUUUGCUCUGAUCGGUGUGGAUAUGGGUCUUCGGCUUGUAAUGAUCGAGACGAAGCAGGCUGUGAAAUUCCUCCACACCCCAGCUGAGCAAACCACAGUCCAGAGCGAAUCUGCAGCGAUUGCGGAACCCCCAGCGGUCUUACCGGAAAACGGACCCAUUGCAGGCAAGCUUGAGCCCCCAUCUCGAGAUGGUGGUGGAUCGGAAACUCCAGCUUCACGCGCCAGUCUAAAGGCUGCUUGUAGACUUCUGUCGUCUCCGCGUAUACUCGUGGUCAUAUGGACCUGUGUUGUGGUCUCAGUUAUUAUAUCUGCUUUUGAUAGUGUCUUGCCACUUUUUGUCCAGGAUACAUUCAAGUGGGCGCAGACUGCGCAAGGGCUUAUAUUUAUCCCAUUCGUUAUGCCGAGUCUUCUGGGUCCCUUGGUUGGUUGGGUUAACGACCGAUAUCCCAAGUUGAGACGUUUUCUGGCAGGAGGUGCCUUGCUUAUAAGCGCGCCUCCCUGUCUGCUUCUCCGUCUAGUUUCUGGUAAUGAUAUAGGGCAUAAGGUACUGAUGUGUGCAUUGCUGGUAGUGCUUGGUAUGGGCAUGGCUGUUCUAUUCCCGCUUGUUCUAGCGGAAAAUUCCUAUGCGGCUUCAGAACAGGCACAGGAGGCGCCAUCUACAUUUGGCGAACAGGGGGUAAUGGGGCUCGCAUAUGGAUUCGCAAAUUCAGCCUACGCUGCUGGCUCCAUAGCGGGCCCUUUCCUUGCUGGUUUCAUCCGGGCAAGUGCUGGCUGGGGCACCAUGACAUUAGUCUUGGGCUUGCUGACUGGAGUCUCUGCUCUUCCUGUUCUGUUAUAUUUCGGGGGGUUCAAAUUCUGCAAUAAAGGCAAAGGGAAGCCUUAG